AUGGCAGCCGCAGCAGUUGCCCCGUCAGCACCACCACCCUCGUCUACAGCCACGCAGCCUAUACCUCCCAAGAUGACGGACACCACAAAACGCGAGGGCGACAUCUCCGACGCCUUCUUCUCCCUGUCGCACACCGGCCCUCGGCCACCCCUGCCAGACCGCUUCCGCGAGCUCAAGCAGUCCCUCGUGGCCGGGCACGAGCAAGACGUCAUCCGCGGCUGGGAGCGCCUCCUCGACGAGCUCAAGCGCGAGGUUGCGCUCGUGGACAAGCUCGGUCCGGCCAUCGUGCCCAGCAUCGAGUUUGCCAACCUGGACCGCGACAUGAGCAGGCUCCGGCGCGAGAUCCAGAAGCGAGGCGUGGCCGUCAUUCGGGGUGUCGUGCCCGAGGACGAGGCGCGGGCGUACAAGUUCCAGCUCGAGGACUAUAUCAAGCAGAACCCUUCGACAAAGGCAUUCCCCCAGAACGACCCCCAGGUCUACGAGCUCUACUGGUCCUCCCCCCAGCUCCGGGCACGCAGCCACCCGAACCUGCUGCGCGCCUCGCGGGCGCUCAUGGCGCUGUGGUACUCGUCCGACCCGAGCAGCGCCGUGUCUCUGACCCAGCCCCUGAGCUACGCGGACCGCCUGCGCAUCCGGCAGCCGGGGGACGCGAGCUUCGCGCUGGGCCCGCACAUUGACGGCGGGAGCGUCGAGCGGUGGGAGCGCCACGGGUACGGCGCGGGAGGGGUGUACGAUGCGGUGUUUGAGGGCCGCUGGGGUUGUGACAGCGAUGGCGAUGAUAUUUCUUCCUCUUCCUCUUCCCAGCAACAGCAACAGCAACAGCAACAGCAACAGCAACAGCAACAACAACAAGAGAAAGCCACAAACGCGAACGAUAAAGCCCGGGAGUACGACCCGUGGGACAUCAGCGGCCGGGUCGACGCCGUGAUGGACAACUACUCCGGUCUGGGUGCCUGCUCGGCCUUUCGCAUGUUCCAGGGGUGGCUGAGCAUGAGCCGCACGCUCCCGCGCGAGGGCACGCUCAUGGUGAACCCGAUGCUGCGGCACGCCACGGCGUACGUGCUGCUGCGGCCCUUCUUCGAGCCCGUGCGCGGCAGCGUCGCCGAGUGCGGCGGGUCGGUGGACGAGUUCCUCGCGGCGGACAACUGGCGCUUCAUGCCGGCUUCUGCUGGUAGUGACCAAGGUGGUGAUGGGAAGGGUGGCGGUAUGAUGAAUAGCGACCUCCAGGGCGCGGUGCCGAGCCACGGCCAGGAGCUCACCGAGGAGCUGCACCCGCAUCUGCGGCUCGACAAGACCAUGGUGCACGUUCCCGAGAUCCGGCCUGGCGACUUUGUGGUGUGGCAUUGUGAUACCAUCCACGCCGUCGACAAGGUCCACAUGGGCACCUCCGACUCCAGCGUCCUCUACAUCCCCGUGUGCCCGGUGACGGAGCGCAACGCGAAGUACAUCCUCCGCCAGCGCGAGGCCUUCCUCCGGGGCACACCGGGGCCGGAUUUCCCGGGGGGCAAGGGCGAGAGCGAGCACAUUGGCCGCCCUACGGAGGAGGUCCUGCACAAGGUCGCAGACGGGGAAGGCCUGCGGGCGUUUGGGUUCCAGAAGCUGGUACCGCAGGCCCACGGCGGGGCGGAUGAUAGCGAGGGCGCGAGGAGGGCUAUCGAGGAGGCCAAUCGGAUCUUUGGGUUUUAA